UUUAAAGGGAAGAAAUGCAGAAUUUCAAGGAUAGAGAAGUCAUCGAAGCAUUGCGUCUUGUUUUAUGCAGACAAGUAGGAAUCUGAAUUUCUGUUGGUUCCAACGGUCAGUCAUCCUUUGGAACCAAAGAAAUUCUUUCUAAAUUUUCAAAAAAAAUUUCAUUUUUUCGAAUAAUUAAUCAUAAUGACGAUGAUGAUGAUGAUUGUGGUGGUGGUUUUUAUUUAUUAAUCUUGAAAUUUGCAUCUUUCGAUUUCAUCAAAAGGGUGUGUUGUUAAAUUGUUGAUAUUGAUUAGAAGAUUCAUAUAACCAACCCCAAUUAGUUGCAAUUGUUGUUGUUUGGGUGAUUGACUAGUGCGAUUAACAAGUGCUCAUUGGUUUGGUGUACUGGAAAUGCUAAUGUGAUUUGGGGGACUAAAAUUUAUUGUGUGGGGCAAUGGCUGCCGGAGGGAUUUCAUCUGGUAAACAGAGAAAUCCGCGGGGAUUUAUGACAGUCUUGUCUUCUGCGGUAUGUGAAUGGUUCUUGAUGUUUUUGUUGUUUCUAGAUGCUGCAUUGGCGUAUUUCAUUGCUAAAUUUGCGAGUUACUAUGAGUUGCAAACACCGUGUAUGUUGUGUUCGAGGUUUAAUAAUAUACUUGGUGAUAAGAAAAGUGGAUGUUAUGGAAGUCAUCUUUGUAGGAACCAUAAAGAGGAUGUAUCAUUUCAAGUGUUUUGUCAUAUUCAUGGUAAUCUUGCUGAUGUUCGUGCUAUGUGUGAAGAAUGCCUUGUAUCGUUUGCUACUGAGAAUAUACUUAUUAAAGAGUCGGAUAACUUGAUGAUUGAUAAAUUGGGGAAUAAGAGUUUUAUACCUAGUUCUCCUGGCCCAUGGAACUGUUCUUGUUGUCAGAAGACGUGGAGGGCUCGAUCAAGUGCUCAAAGAUUGCUCCAGCUAACUUCAGUUGGUUUUGGAGCUUCUAAGGCUAAUGUCAAGCCUCCUCUACCACGGGCACCAGGUCGUAGCCGUUUCAGUCGACGUGAUAGCUUUAAGAAGAUCAGGGAUAAAAUUUCUGGGCCAGAGUCACCUAGGACAAGGACUUCUGCCCUUGACCCUUUAUCACAUGUAGGAUAUACAGAGUUGAAGAUUACUUCAGAUUCUGAGUCAGAAAUCCAGAUGUCUGAUGAUGAGGAUGGAUGUUCUGUAACUCGUGGUAAAAAUGAUUCUAGAUCGGAAGAUAAUGUUCGACAUGGCAAAGGUAUAAUGCAGAAAUUAGAAACCGAUCUGCCUAGCCAAUCUUCUGAAUCCAAGCCUUAUUAUCUGGAUCGACCAAGGCAGCUAGCUGCCAGCUCGGGCAAAACUGUGAGUUUUCAGGCAUCUGAUGAUUUUGUAGGGCAUGGCUUAGCAGAACUUGACUGGGAAAGUCUUUCUCCUAAGACCGGUGCUUCUGUAUUGCCAGAGUUCAUUUCAUCAUAUAAUGUUGCCCAGGCAUCCAACCCUUUAGAAGAUCAUCACACGUCACGAGAGAGUUUAACGUCCAAUGUUUUUCUCCCUCGUAUCUCAGACCUCUCUGCACUUUCGGAGCUCAUAUCAGUGACCAAGACACCUUCUUUAUCCAGUAUUAACAUCCAUGAGACAGAUUUGACGGAAGGAAAUGAUGAAGGAAGCAACUUAACUGAGAAGAAUAAUGCAAAAGCUCCAGUUCAUUUAGAUGAAAGUGCUCCACCUAUAUCAAACCAAAAAAAUCAAGCUGAUAUAUCUGUUGUGAGUAAUGGAGGGAGAAAAGUAUCAGAUAGGCUUGGAGAACCAAGUGCAAUUACUGAUUCUGCAAAUGCUGGCGAAGGCAUGAAGUCGCUUCCCCAACUUUCUACUUCUGUGAUGGAUGAAUCGCAAACUGCAAGUCUUAGGAAUCAUGAUAGACUUGGAGAAGUAAAAGCAAUUAGUGAUUCUGCAAAUGCUGGAGAAGGUAUGAAGUCGCUUCCACAACUUUCUACUUCUGUGACGGAUGAAUCGCAAACUGCAAGUCUUAGGAAUCAUGAUAUGCUUGGAGAAGCAAGUGCAAUUAGUGUUUCUGUAAAUGCUGGAGAAGGUAUGAAGUCACUUCCCCAACUUUCUACUUCUGUGAUGGAUGAAUCGCAAACUGCAAGUCUUAGGAAUCAUGAUCAUAGUGAUGACCGACAAAGAAUUGAUGCUUCUAGCUCUGACGGGGUACAUGUGGUUCAAACAUCUACCAUCACGGGGAGAGAUGAUUCUGGUAAUGAAUCAGCAGAUGGAUUCAGCGUCAGUGAUAUUGAGGACGAGAGUAUUGUUGAUAGGUUGAAACGACAGAUUGAACAUGAUCAGAGAUACAUAAAUUCUCUGUACAAGGAACUGGAGGAAGAAAGGAGUGCAUCAGCCAUUGCCACUAAUCAGGCAAUGGCCAUGAUCACUAGGUUGCAAGAGGAGAAGGCAUCACUUCAUAUGGAGGCCUUGCAGUAUUUAAGAAUGAUGGAAGAGCAAGCCGAGUAUGAUAUGGAGGCACUAGAAAGGGCUAAUGAUCAACUUGCUGAUAGGGAGAGAGAGUUGCAAGAUCUGGAAGAAGAGUUAUUAGAAUAUAAAAAUAAUAUUCCAGAUGAGUUAUCAGCAGAAGAUCUACAAAAGGAAAACAAAAACCUGAAAGAAGAAAAUGUAAAAAAUGGGAAUCAUAGUUUAGAACAUGUCGAAAACAAGCUCAGUGGCAGUUCAGAUUCGAAAACUAUUAGAGUAUCCAAAAUCUGUGAUAAACCUAGACAGUCUAAUGAUUCAAUAUGUAACUUCGAGGACGAAAAGCUAUGUAUUUCAAAACAUCUGGAGAACUUGGAGAAAAAACUUUUUCAAAUUUCUGGCAGAAAGGCCUCAGAUAAUGUUCCUUGUAACGGAUAUUCAGAAAGGGUAAAGAAAGAUGUUGAUAAUCAAGUUAAGAAACAAAGUGAUGAUGGGGGAAGUAUUAAUUCCCAACAGGAGGAGGAGAUUUCUUCAUCCACGCACAAUGAUUUUUCUAAAUCAAAUGGCGGUCCCAUUGACAAGCCUGCUGCUUUAGAUGUGGAAAAUGCUAUUGUUAGUGAAAAGAAAAACCAUUUAGACAAUAAUCAUAGUAAGCUUUCCUCUCUUGGAGGUGAAGUUGAUGGGGCUUCUAUAGGAAAUGAAAUAUCAGAGCUUAGUGGGAGGUUACAAGCACUUGAGGAUGACUGUAAAUUCCUCAUGCAUGCCUUUAACUCGCUCCAGAAUGGACAUGAAGGAAUACAGCUUAUUCAGGAAAUAGCUCAUCAGCUGCAAGAAAUACGGAAAGUCGAUUUUGACAAGAGAUGACUAUCUCUAAACUUUGAAAUUUCAAGUUUUACAAUGACAAGAUUUUCCGGCUGAAACUUUCAAAGAGAUGCAUGCCAGAAUGGAAGCUGUAGUGAGAAGCCCAGCUGCAUCAUUAUUUACAGCUUAUAGUUGGAAGGGAGAAGCUCAUGACACCAAAGAAAUAGUUUUGAUGAUCGAGAAUUGGUCUAAAGUACUGCUUUUCAGGUCUUCUUGUCCUCUUAAAUUGGUUUUGUUGAAAAGUUACAGCUCAUCCUUUUGUUUUUGUUUCAUUUUCCUGGUUUUGGGUCCUUUUUUCACAAUUUUGUUAGUCGUUAAUGUGAUCGUGUGGUGCGAAAUUUUGGUGUAAUGUGUGUAUAUCUUUUUCAAGGUUGGGCUUUGUUGCCAGAUUUCACAACUGUAAAUGCAGAUAGGUUCUUCAAAGGACUUCCAAAUUUGCUUCUA